AUGGGAGUUGGAGCUUCUGCUCAGGUCUACGAAGUUGAUGACCAGAUAGUUCUCAAGACUUCUUGGGUAUUCGAACAACCUGGGAGUAGUGCCCCUGGCAACGAUCGAUGGCACUACGCCUCAGACACCCUCUUUCGGUCCAACUUGUUACAAAACGAACGAACUGUACUACGACUGUUUCAACGACGGCCACACCCUCACAUUAUAGAAGCCAUCGAUGCCGAUCAACCUGAGGGAAUUUAUCUCCGCAGAUAUCACUCGUUGUCUGAAAAUAAAAUUCCCGCUCAGCUUCAUCGGAUUCGCUGGUACCGUGAUCUUACCGACGCACUUUGCCAUAUCCACAGCCUUGGCAUAGCCCAUGCAGAUGUACGGAUCGACAAUGUCCUCUUUGAUGAACAUGACCGUUCCAUUCUUUGCGAUUUUAGCGCCGCCAGCCCUCUUGGUCAGCCAAAUCCCGUUUUUCCGGAUCUUCCACUUCCAAUCAACGGUCCCUCGCCGACUUUAUCUGAGGCGACGGAUAUGUUUGCAAUGGGGUCGCUUAUUUUUCAGGUGGAGCAUGGAGCCAAGCCUGGGCUGUCUGUUGACAGUCAUGGUACAUUGGUUCUGCCCAAAAUACGAACCGAUCAUCAAAUCCUUGAUACGAUCAUUCGAAAAGCUUGGCUCGGGCACUAUAGCCGCACCUCAGAGAUGCUAGAACACCUUAAUUCUAUUGAUACGAACGGUGCUCGCCGUGCUCAUAGUAUCCAAAUUUGUUCGGGAUCAACGGAAUCGUUGAGAGAUCGCAUCAGAAAAUGGAGGGAGUGCCGUGAGAAUAAGUUUGAGGAUCCGGAGAGUUCGGAAAAACCAUGGACCGCGAUCGACUUCCGUCAGGUCGGAGACGAACUUGGUCUCCAAUCCUCGAGAACGUCCCAGCGACUCAAUCAAAUCGACCGUGUCCGCGCCAAAGGGGUUGGCGAUCAUGUUGCGCUACCUCAGAUAGUGGUAUGCGGAGAUCGAUCUGCUGGCAAAAGCUCUGUACUGGAAGGAAUUAGCGGGAUCCCUUUCCCUAGACAGGAUGGUUUAUGCACCAGAUUCGCGACGGAAACUGUCCUGAGACAUACGCUGCAAGCGAUUCGCAUGACUGCAACUAUAAACUCUCAUUCUUCGCGAGAUGAUGAGGAGAGGAGGCGCUUAGCCUCCUUCCAAAUGGAAUUCCGUGAAUUCGCUGAGCUUCCCGGGAUCAUCGAAGCUGCAGGUCAGUUUAUGGGUAUUCGUACCUCGGAAGAUCAUGCCGACGCUCCCGCUUUUGCCGCCGAUGUUCUACGACUGGAGUUAGUGGGCAAUACCGGACUGCAUUUGACGAUUGUUGAUCUACCCGGCUUGAUAUCGGUUUCCGAGAAUGAGCGCAACAUGCAGCUUGUUAAUGAUCUAGUUUAUUCUUACCUCGAAAGCUCGCGGACAAUCGUACUUGCGGUUGUUCCAGCAAGUAGUGAUGUUGAUACGCAAGGCAUUAUCCAACGAGUCCGUCGCUACGAUAAAGAUGGGCGGGUUGCACGUCUAGCGAAAAAUAUGGAUCGUACCAAGCUCAACCUGGGAUUUUUUCUGCUCAAGAACCCGGCUCCUGCCGAGUUGCGGGAGGGCCUGUCUCCCGCUGCCAGGAAGCGCGCAGAGCAAGCUUUCUUCUCCUGUGAACCAUGGAGUAGCCUAGGACUUGAUCCCUUGCGUGUUGGCAUCGAGAACCUUCAAGUGCUCCUCCAAGACCUUUUGGAUAGUCAUAUUGAACGUGAGCUCCCGAAAGUACGGAAGGAACUACGGGAGCUCCUCGAACGAAAUAGCCAGGAACUUGCUGGUCUUGGAAUGGAGCGAAAUACUGCUGGCCAGAUCCGGAUAUAUCUGACGCAGAUUAGCGCCGACUUCCAUGGGCUGGUGCGAGCUGGAAUCGACGGCGACUAUGGUGGUCGGGAUGCGAGUUUUUUCGACGUCUCAGAUAAGGACUUUACCAAUCGGCUGCGCGCUGUCGUCCAUCUCGAGAAUGAGAAAUUUGCGAAUCACAUGAGGGAAUACGGUCAGACACGGAAAGUUGUCUGUCGAAAAGACGACCAGUCCCUCGAGUCAACUUCUUCUGAUGAGGAUAUGGAGCCCUCUCUAAACAAAGAGGGCCAGAUCCUUGUUAAUAAGGAAGAAAUGGCCGCAUGGGUCAAGCAAGUUUAUCACCGGACACACGGCAGGGAAUUACCGGGAAACUAUAAUCACGCCCUACCUGCGGAGCUUUUCCAUUCGCAAUCCAUGCGCUGGGGCAAGAUCGCUCGUGGGCAUGUUGACGCCGUCGCGAACUUGGUCUCCACGUUCUUACAAGCAGCAAUGAAGUACGUGAUCAAGGAUUCCAAAGUCCGCCAAAAUGUCAAAAACUGCGUUGAGAAGUCUGUUCAAGGGAAUGUCAAGAUUGCGAUCGAUGAAUUGAACAUGUUGCUUGAGGACGAGGCGCGCCAGCCUAUCACGGACAAUAUCCAGAAGGCUCGAGGUGAUCAGUCAAAGAACCAAAUUCAAGAUUCAAUGUACAAUGCCAUCCGAACCGACUGGAACGGGAAUUUCCGUGUGAGCAAAUCGUCAGACGAAAUAGAAAAGCUCGUCACUUCACUUCAGCAAAGGGUGGUUGUCGAUAUGACGAUGCAGGCCUGCUCCGAAGCGCAGAACGAUCUUACUGCAUACUACAAAGUUGCCAUGAAAACGUUCGUCGACAAUGUUUGUAGACAGGUCAUUGAACGACAUAUCAUCGCGAAACUCUCGAGUGUUUUCGAACCCAUUCUUGUGAGCGGAUAUGAGACUGACGAAUUGCUUCGGAUGGCUGCAGAAUCCGCGCAGGUCAGUGUUCGCCGGGAUGAAGCACGUCACUUCCAGGAAGUGCUAGAAAGAACUCUGGAGGAUCUGAGUGUUUGA